AGAGAGAUAUUCCCUUCGCUACCCGUCGUGCUUUGCGCGGCCGCUGGCACUGACGUGGCCGCCGGGAGCCGCCAUCUUGUGUGCCUGGGCGCAGUGAGGGAGGAAAAGGGACGGGAAGGAGGGGAGGGGGGGAGAGAAGGCAGGCGACGCGGAGCCACGAGCAACGGCAACAGGGGCCCCUCCGGUCAGGAGCGCGCUUAGCCGAGACGCCGCCCGGUUUCCUUGGCCAGUGUGUGAAUACCAGGCACAAACAUGGGAAAUAUUUUUGCAAACCUCUUCAAAGGCCUCUUUGGCAAAAAAGAAAUGCGUAUACUUAUGGUUGGGCUGGAUGCUGCAGGAAAGACUACUAUAUUGUACAAACUAAAACUUGGUGAAAUAGUAACUACCAUCCCCACUAUAGGUUUCAAUGUAGAAACAGUAGAAUACAAGAACAUUAGCUUCACAGUGUGGGAUGUUGGUGGCCAGGAUAAGAUCAGGCCACUCUGGCGCCAUUAUUUCCAGAAUACACAAGGGUUGAUCUUUGUGGUCGAUAGCAAUGACAGAGAGAGAGUCAAUGAGGCCCGAGAAGAACUUAUGAGAAUGUUGGCAGAAGAUGAGCUUAGAGACGCCGUCCUCUUAGUAUUUGCUAACAAGCAGGACCUGCCGAAUGCCAUGAAUGCAGCGGAAAUCACAGACAAACUAGGACUGCAUUCUCUUCGCCACAGGAACUGGUACAUCCAGGCCACCUGUGCCACUAGCGGAGACGGUCUCUAUGAAGGACUGGACUGGUUGUCCAAUCAGCUCCGAAACCAGAAAUGAAGCCCAGAAUUAUUCCUCUUUCCCCCUCUUUUCUCCACCCUUCCUUAUAUCCUCCUCUUCCUCCUCCUCCUCCUCCUCUUCCACUACCCUUCGCUUUACUCUAACGUGGCAAACCAUGCUACUUUGUGGUAUUGAGUGCCGGAAGCUGUUUUCAUUUUCUCUCGUCACAGGAUGUCCUUCACCAUGCUGUACAUGUGGCAGAUCCAAGCCUGAAAACAGUUUAGGUUUCUUAUUUAAUGUAAAUAGUUCUUGUUUCCAAUGAGACAGUUUCUGGUACUCCUAUGCAAUAUUACUCAGCUUUUUUUAUGACGAAGAAAGUCAACUCGCUGUUUAGUACUGGGAAAGGGAUUUAAAAGGAGUUCUGUGGAGAGUCGCCAGGAACCUGGUUAUACGCUAGAGCUGAAUAGACAGAUGCCUCUCGGCUUUCCAGGUCUGCGUGGAGGCCGCGGUCGGUGGCUAUUUUUUAGCCUGGAGAGGUCCGUUUCUUUAACAGAUAAAAAAAAAAAGGAAAGCUGAAACACUUGAACAAAAUGUCCAUUGUAAGUUUUGUAACAACUUAAAAUACCAGCAGUUUAACCUAUUAAUUGAUCCGAGAAUGCGCCGCAUUCUGGAUCUUUCUGUGCUUGAGAACCUUUUUGUGUUUUUAUGUCAACGAGAGACCCUUGUAUAGUCAGCGUUAGUUCAGUCUAGGCCUCCGGCUUAAAAGUACAGGUGGCACACAUGCCAGACACGGUAGGUAGCCCUCUAGCUCUCAGAUUCGGACGAGGACGGUUGCCUCCUCUCGCCUCUAAUUUGGGCGCCAUCUUCCUUCGUUCUCUUUGGCGGUUUUGUUCCCCCUGCCCCCCCCCAAGUGUUUUGGACUUUUCUCAUGUAGAACUACUCCAGAAAGCAAGUUCUUUCCACAGAGCACAGCAGCCCGUAAACAGUUUCAGCUCUUAGCAUCAGCAAGUACUGUAUUUUAAGUAGGAAAUGCCAUCGAAGCCAUCAAACGUAGCGUCUAGGGGAAAAAAAAUAUAAAAGCAUGAGAGUUUGGAGUUCCAUUCCAUCCUAGAAGUGUUCGAUGCCAUGUUUGGAACAAUCCCACAUCUGUAUAUGUGUGAAAACCUUUCACAUCCCUCAUACUGCAAGGUUCAGAUUUGCCAUCAAGAAAGACCUCUUAACUUUUUUUUUCUUUUGUAUUUUGAUAAAACACUGAAGAAG